AUGGGGAGUGUAGGUGUAGGACGAGAGAGGGACAGCCAGGAACGAGACAGCACGACGAGCAUCAAGCAGCCUUCAACUGUCAACCAGCCUCCAUCACACCCUCCUCCUUCUCCCCAUCAACCGUCAACCCAGCCUCCAUCACACCCUACCUUCCUCCCAUCAACCGUCAACCAGCCUCCAUCACACCUACCCUCCCAUCAACUGUCAACUCAGCCCAUCACCCCCCUACCUCCUUCCCUCCCAUCAACCGUCAACCCAGCCUCCAUCACACCCCUACCUUCCCCCAUCAACUGUCAACCCAGCCCAUCACACCCUACCUCCUUCCCCCAUCAACCGUCAACCCAGUCCAUCACACCCUACCUUCUCCCAUCAACUGUCAACCCAGCCAUCACACCUUCUACCCCCCAUCAACCGUCAACCCAGCCUCCAUCACACCCUACCUCUUCCCUCCCAUCAACUGUCAACUCAGCCCAUCACACCCUACCUCUUUCCUUCCCAUCAACUGUCAACCAGCCUCCAUCACACCCUACCUCCCAUCAACUGUCAACUCAGCCUCCAUCACACCCUACCUCCUUCCUCCCAUCAACCGUCAACUCAGCCUCCAUCACACCCUACCUCCUUCCUCCCAUCAACUGUCAACUCAUUCCAUCUACCCCUACCUUCCUCCCAUCAACUGUCAACUCAGCCUCCAUCACACCCUACCUCCUUCCCCUCCCAUCAACUGUCAACCCAGCCCCAUCACACCCUACCUCCUUCCCCAUCAACCGUCAACCCAGCCUCCAUCACACCCUACCUCCUCCCCAUCAACUGGUCAACCCAGCCUCCAUCACACCCCCUCCUUCCUCCCAUCAACUGUCAACCCUAGCCUCAUCACACCCUACCUUCCUCCCAUCAACUCCGUCAACUCAGCCUCCAUCACUCUUCCUCCCAUCAACUGUCAACUCAGCCUCCAUCACACCCACUUCCCAUCAACCGGUCAACCCAGCCUCCAUCACACCCUACCUCCUUCCCAUCAUCAACUCAGCCCAUCACACUCUCACCUUCCUCACUCUUCUCCCAUCAACUGUCAACUCAGCCCAUCUACACCCCUACCUCCUUCCCUCCCCAUCAACCGUCAACUCAGCCUCCAUCACACCCUGCCUUCCCUCCCAUCAACUGUCAACUCAGCCCAUCUACACCUCUACUCCUUCCCCAUCAACCGUCAACCCAGCCUCCAUCUACACCCUACCUCCUUCCUCCCAUCAACCGUCAGUUCAGCCUCCAUCACACCCUACCUUCCUCUAUCAACUGUCAACUCAGCCUCCAUCACACCCUACCUCCUUCCCUCCCAUCAACCAAGGUCAACCCAGCCCAUCACACCCUACCCUCCCAUCAACUGUUAACCCAGCUCCAUCACACCCUACCUUCCCUCCCAUCAACCGUCAACCCAGCCUCCAUCACACCCUACCUCCUUCCAAUAACUGUCAACCCAGCCUCCAUCACACCCCACCUCCUUCCGUCCCAUCAACCGUCAACCCAGCCUCCAUCUACACCCCUACCUCCUUCCUCUCCCAUCAACUGUCAACUCAGCUCCAUCACACCCCACCAUCAACCGUCAACCCAGCCUCCAUCACACCCUACCUUCCUCCCAUCAACUGUCAACCCAGCCCAUCACACCCUACCUUCCUCCCCAUCAACCGUCAACCCAGCCUCCAUCACACCCUACCUUCCUCCCAUCAACUGUCAACCCAGCCUCCAUCCACCCCACCUCCUUCCCCUCCCAUCAACCGUCAACCCAGCUCCAUCACACCCUACCUCCUUCCCUCCCAUCAACUGUCAACCCAGCCCAUCACACCCUACCUCCCUCCCAUCAACCGUCAACCCAGCCCAUCACACCCUACCUCCCAUCAACUGUCAACUCAGCCUCCAUCACACCCUACCUCCUUCCUCCCAUCAACCGUCAACCCAGCUCCAUCUAACCCUACCUCCUCCCAUCAACCGGUCAACUCAGCCCAUCACACCCCCCAUCAACCGUCAACCCAGCCCAUCUACACCCUACCCUCCCAUCAACUGUCAACCCAGCCUCCAUCACACCCUACCUUCCUCCAUCAACUGUCAACCCAGCCUCCAUCACACCCUACCUCCUUCCUCCCAUCAACUGUCAACCCAGCCUCCAUCACACCCGACUCUUCCCUCCCAUCAACCGUCAACCCAGCCUCCAUCUACACCCUACCCUCCCAUCAACUGUCAACCCAGCCUCCAUCACACCUCACCUUCCUCCCAUCAACUGUCAACCCAGCCUCCAUCACACCCUACCUCCUUCCUCCCAUCAAUUGUCAACCCAGCCUCCAUCUCACACCUGACCUCCUUCCCUCCCAUCAACCGUCAACCCAGCCCAUCACUCCUACUUCUCUGUCAGAUGACCUGUAA